GAUAAGUAAAAGCCCAACUCCUAAAGGAAGGACAAGAAGACUGGAUCUCGAUAGGAAGCCGAAUGAAUCUUUUCCCUGCUGUGUUCAGUUUUAUGUUGAGUAGUGCUUAGACAGUAGGCCAGUGUGAAAUUACGUACAAAGAAAGAACUUAAAGCAGCGCAGUCCGUUUCUAAUGAUAAAAGUUUAGAAACUUAAGUUUUUUUUUCAUCGUGGAUUUUGACGUGCGCGUAAACGUGAAGAAUGACGGCUGAAGUGCAGCAACCCUCUGUGCAGACCCCCGCUCACAGUAGCCCCAUGACGGAGAAACCCGUCCAGACGCCUGUGAUGGAGACCUCCUCUUCCUCCUCAAGCACGAAAGCAAAAAAGACCAACGCUGGAAUUCGUCGUCCCGAAAAGCCCCCGUAUUCUUACAUCGCUCUUAUUGUCAUGGCCAUCCAGAGCUCUCCAACCAAACGACUCACUUUAAGCGAAAUUUAUCAGUUCCUCCAGAGCCGCUUCCCAUUUUUUAGAGGAUCGUAUCAGGGCUGGAAAAACUCUGUGCGUCACAAUCUGUCUCUGAAUGAAUGCUUCAUCAAGCUACCCAAGGGUCUAGGCAGACCUGGAAAGGGUCACUACUGGACCAUCGACCCAGCCAGUGAGUUCAUGUUUGAGGAGGGAUCCUUCCGCAGGAGGCCGCGGGGAUUCAGACGCAAAUGCCAGGCGCUCAAACCUUCCAUGUACAGCAUGAUGAACGGGCUGGGAUUCAAUCACAUACCCGAGUCCUAUAACUUUCAGGGGGGCGGCGGGGGCCUGUCUUGUCCUCCAAACAGUUUAUCUUUGGAGAGUGGAAUUGGGAUGAUGAAUGGACAUUUGGCUAGCAAUAUGGAAGGAAUGGGCUUGGCAGGACACUCUAUGCCCCAUCUAUCAACGAAUAGUGGACAUUCCUAUAUGGGCAGUUGCACGGGAUCAUCAGGGACGGAGUACCCCCACCACGACAGUUCCGCAUCGCCGCUUCUCACCAGCGGGGGGGUGAUGGACCCGCAUGCCGUGUAUUCUAGCACGGCCUCGGCCUGGCCUUCAGCGCCCCCGACAUCUCUAAAUAACGGGACGUCCUACAUUAAACAGCAACCGCUCUCUCCGUGCAAUCCCGGUGCCAGUUCAUUGCAGCCCAGUUUACCAACACACUCUUUGGAACAGUCCUAUUUGCAUCAGAACGGUCACGGUACCACCGACCUCCAAGGUAUACCGCGCUAUCAUACCCAAUCUCCCAGCAUGUGUGACAGGAAAGAAUUUGUCUUUUCUUUUAACGCCAUGACCUCUUCAUCGAUGCAUUCACCAGGGAGCAGCUCGUACUACCACCAUCAACAGGUCUCUUAUCAGGACAUCAAACCUUGUGUGAUGUGACUGUGCAACGACGAGCAAUCGUAUUAAAUAGACCCAAAUGAACGAUAAGGUGGUCUGUAAAGUGUCUCUGUUGGAACUGGACAUGAAAUUACAAAUUGACUUGAGAGUAGAACAGUAUAAGCGCAGUGUUAGAAAAUAACAAACUCAUUAAAAGAGCACUUCAAUAACUCAGAUUCCCUACUUUGAGUAUAUGCAAGACUUUCAAUUUUAAGGCCGGAAAAAAAAAUGCCAGAUUAACUCAUUUCUAUCAGCUCGGUACAAACUCUGCUGGCGGAUAACUUCCAUACACGGAGAUGCAAAGAUCAGUGUAACGCUCAAAAGUUGGUAUUGUUGUUAAAUAAUUUGUAUCGUUUGAAUGAACUUUUUUUUUUUUUUUUUGUCUUCAAACAUUUUCAUUUUGCCAUAAGGGGUGAAAACCAGAAGCACGCGAAAUGAAGGCACUUUUAAACCCUAAAGCGCAACUUAUUUAUUCUGUUUAAAAAUUAUUUUUAGGCUACAGUUAUAGCCAGAGUUAAGACUGCUUUAUAGGCAAUAUUUGCCUAAUGUAAUAAGGUUAAAUAUAAGCACUGUUAUUUUUUUAAGUUGUACAUAUCCAUUUUGACACGUUUUAUUCAUCGAGCACUGUAUAAACUGUACAUGUAUGAAAAUAAUACAUUUUAGUGAAUUAUUUGUGUUCUUUUUUCAGUUGUAGGCUACUUCAGUUCAUAGGAAAAUUAAAACGUAAUGGCAUGAGUUU